CGGGAGCCGGGGCCGCGGCGGGCCGGGGGGCGCGGGCCGGGCCGGGCGCCGGGCCAUGAGCGCGCCGCCCUCGGGUGCCCGAGCCGCCAGCCCGCCCCGCGCCGCUCGCCAUGGCGCGGCUCGCGGACUAUUUCGUGCUGGUGGCGUUCGGGCCGCAUCCGCGCGGGAGCGGGGAAGGCCAGGGCCAGAUCCUGCAGCGCUUCCCGGAGAAGGACUGGGAGGACAGUCCCUUUCCCCAGGGCGUCGAGCUGUUCUGCCAGCCCAGCGGAUGGCAGCUGUGCCCCGAGAAGAACCCUCCGACCUUCUUUGUGGCCGUCCUCACCGACAUCAACUCGGAGCGCCACUACUGCGCCUGCCUGACCUUCUGGGAGCCCGCGGAGCUCACGCCGGAAGCGGGGUGCCCCCCGGAUGCUGCUGAGAGGGAGGACGACGAGGGGGGCCCAGUACAGCCCUCGCCCGCGGUGCCUGGCCCGCCCAGCCAGCUGUUUGCCCCGAAGACGCUGGUGUUAGUGUCCCGGCUGGACCACACGGAGGUGUUCAGGAACAGCCUGGGCCUCAUCUACACCAUCCACGUGGAGGGCCUGAGCGUGGGUCUGGAGAACGUGGUGGGCAACCUGCUGACCUGCACCAUCCCCUUGGCGGGCGGCUCACAGCUGGAGUCUGUUGAGGACAGCGUGAGAACCAUCUCCCUGGGCGCCGGGGACCGCCAGGUCAUCCAGACACCCCUGGUCGACUCGCUGCCUGUCAGCCGCUGCAGUGUGGCCCUGCUCUUCCACCAGCUGGGCAUCACCAACGUGCUGUGUCUCUUCUGUGCCGCCCUCACGGAGCACAAGGUCCUCUUCCUGUCUCGGAGCUACCAGCGGCUGUCAGACGCCUGCCGGGGUCUGCUGGCCCUCCUGUUCCCACUCAGAUACAGCUUCACCUACGUCCCCAUCCUGCCGGCUCAGCUCCUGGAGGUCCUCAGCACGCCCACGCCCUUCAUCAUCGGUGUCAAUGCCGCCUUCCAGGCAGAGACCCAGGAGCUGCUGGAUGUGAUCGUGGCUGAUCUCGAUGGGGGGACAGUGACCGUCCCUGAGUGUGUGCACAUCCCACCGCUGCCGGAGCCGCUGCAGAGUCAGACCCACAGCGUGCUGAGCAUGGUCCUGGACCCUGAGCUGGAGCUGGCUGACCUGGCCUUCCCGCCACCCUCCACCACCACGUCCUCCCUGAAGAUGCAGGACAAGGAGCUGCGUGCUGUCUUCCUGCGGCUUUUCGCCCAGCUGCUCCAGGGCUACCGCUGGUGCCUGCACAUGGUGCGGAUCCACCCGGAGCCUGUCAUCCGCUUCCACAAGGCGGCCUUCCUGGGCCAGCGUGGGCUGCUGGAGGACGACUUCCUGAUGAAGGUGCUGGAGGGCAUGGCCUUCGCUGGGUUCGUCUCUGAGCGGGGGGUCCCCUACCGCCCCACAGACCUGUUUGACGAGCUGGUGGCCCACGAGGUGGCCCGGAUGCGGGCUGACGAGCAGCACCCACAGCGCGUCCUGCGCCACGUCAGGGAGCUGGCAGAGCAGCUCUACAAGAACGAGAACCCGUACCCGGCCGUGGCCAUGCACAAGGUGCAGAGGCCGGGUGAGGCCAGCCACCUGCGGCGCACGCCUCGGCCCUUCCCCCGCCUGGAUGAAGGCACUGUGCAGUGGAUCAUGGACCAGGCCGCGGCCAAGAUGCAGGGAGCACCCCCCGCCGUGAAGGCUGAGAAGAAGACCACUGUGCCCUCAGGGCCCCCCAUGACUGCCAUCCUGGAACGGGGCGGUGGACUCCAUGGCAACAGUGCACGCCGGCUGGAGGUGGUCCGCAACUGCAUUUCCUAUGUGUUCGAGGGGAAGAUUCUCGAGGCCAAGAAGCUGCUCCCCGCCGUGCUGCGAGCCCUGAAGGGGCGGGCGGCCCGCCGAUGCCUGGCCCAGGAGCUGCAUCUGCACGUGCAGCAGAACCGGGCCGUGCUGGACCACCAACAGUUCGACUUUGUGGUCCGCAUGAUGAACUGCUGCCUACAGGACUGUACCUCACUGGACGAACACGGCAUCGCGGCUUCCCUGCUGCCCCUGGUCACGGCCUUCUGUCGGAAGUUGAGUCCUGGCGUGACACAGUUUGCGUACAGCUGUGUGCAGGAGCAUGUCGUAUGGAGCACGCCGCAGUUCUGGGAGGCCAUGUUCUAUGGGGAUGUGCAGACCCACAUCCGGGCCCUCUACCUGGAGCCCACUGAGGACCAAGACUCCUCCCAGGUAGGAGAGGCACCGCGUGAGGACAGCCGUUCGGCCCUGGACGUGGCCUCCGAGCAACGGCGCCUGUGGCCGACCCUGAGCCGGGAGAAGCAGCAGGAGUUGGUGCAGAAGGAGGAGAGCACGGUCUUCAGCCAGGCCAUCCACUACGCCAACCGCAUGAGCUACCUGCUACUGCCCCUGGACAGCAGCAAGAGCCGGCUGCUGCGGGAGCGCGCGGGCCUGGGCGAGCUGGAGAGCGCCAGCAACAGUCUGGUCACCAACAGCAUGGCGGGCAGCGUGGCGGAGAGCUAUGACACGGAGAGUGGAUUCGAGGAUGCAGAGGCCUGUGAUGUGGCUGGCACGGUGGUGCGCUUCAUCAACCGCUUUGUGGACAAAGUCUGCACGGAGAGCGGGGUCACCAGCGACCACCUCAAGGGGCUGCAUGUCAUGGUGCCAGACAUUGUCCAGAUGCACAUCGAGACGCUGGAAGCCGUGCAACGCGAGAGCGAGCGGCUGCCAUCCAUCCCGAAGCCGAAGCUGCUGCGGCCGCGCCUGCUUCCCGGGGAGGAGUGUGUGCUGGACGGUCUGCGUGUCUGCCUGCUGCCCGAUGGGCGAGAACAGGCCACAGGGGGCAGUGGGGGUGGCCCUGCCUUGCUGCCUGCCGAGGGAGCUGUCUUCCUCACCACCUACCGGGUCAUCUUCACUGGGAUGCCCACCGACCCCCUGGUGGGGGAGCAGGUGGUGGUCCGCUCCUUCCCGGUGGCUGCGCUGACCAAGGAGAAGCGCAUCAAUGUCCAGACCUCCGUUGACUCGCUUCUGCCGGAUGGACUACAGCUGCGCUCAUGUACCUUCCAGCUGCUGAAGAUGGCCUUUGACGUGGAGGUGGGCCCCGAGAGCGCCGAGCUCUUCCGCAAACAGUUGCACAAACUGCGCUACCCCGCCGACGUGCGGGGCACCUUCGCGCUGACUCUGGGCUCUGCCCACACGCCCGGCCGGCCACCCCGCAUCGCCAAGGACAAGGGGCCAUCGCUCAGGACCCUGUCCCGGAACCUGGUGAAGAACGCUAAGAAGACCAUGGGGCGCCACUAUGUCACCCGCAAGAAGUAUAGCCCCCCGAGCUGGGAGCAGCGGGGCCAGCUGCCCCCAGAGGACCUCGAGGACGAGAUCUCAGUGUCAGAGGAGCUGGAGCCCAGCACGCUGACGCCGGCUUCGGCGCUCAAGCCCGCGGACCGCAUGACCAUGAGCAGCCUGGUGGAACGGGCAUGCUGCCGGGACUACCAGCGCCUGGGGCUGGGCACCCUCAGCAGCAGCCUGAGCCGUGCCAAGGCUGAGCCCUUCCGCAUCUCCCCGGUCAACCGCAUGUACGCCAUCUGCCGCAGCUACCCAGGGCUGUUGAUCGUGCCGCAGAGCGUCCAGGACAACGCCCUGCAACGUGUCUCCCGCUGCUACCGGCAGAACCGCUUCCCGGUGGUGUGCUGGCGCAGCGGGCGCUCCCGAGCCGUGCUGCUGCGCUCUGGUGGCCUGCACAGCAAGGGCAUGGUGGGGCUCUUCAAGGCCCAGAAUGCACCCUCCCCAGGACAGUCCCAGACUGACUCCAGCAGCUUGGAGCAAGAGAAGUACCUGCAGGCUGUGGUCAGCUCCAUGCCGCGCUUUGCCGACGCUUCCGGACGCAACACCCUCAGUGGCUUCUCCUCGGCCCACAUGGGCAGCCAUGUGCCCAGCCCCCGAGCCAGGGUCACCACGCUGUCCAACCCAAUGGCGGCCUCGGCCUCCAGACGGACUGCGCCCCGAGGCAAAUGGGGCAGUGUCCGGGCCAGUGGGCGCAGUGCUGGGCUCGGCGCAGAUGUGGGCUCACGGCUGGCAGGCAGGGACAUGCUGGCACCCCCACAGGUCAAUGGCGCCCCACCCGACCCUGGCUUCCUACGCCCCCAGCGUGCAGCCCUGUACAUCAUUGGGGACAAAGCACAGAUGAAGGGUGUGCGGCCGGACCCCCUGCAGCAAUGGGAGCUGGUGCCCAUUGAGGUGUUUGAGGCGCGGCAGGUGAAGACAAGCUUUAAGAAGCUGCUCAAGGCCUGUGUCCCUGGCUGCUGCCCCGGUACCGACACAAACCCGGCCUCCUUUCUGCGUGCGCUUGAGGACUCUGAGUGGCUGGUGCAGAUCCACAAGCUGCUGCAGGUGUCAGUGCUGGUGGUGGAGCUCUUGGAUUCAGGCUCAUCCGUGCUGGUGAGCCUAGAAGAUGGCUGGGACAUCACCACCCAGGUGGUGUCGCUGGUGCAGCUGCUCUCGGACCCCUUCUACCGUACCCUGGAGGGCUUCCGGCUGCUGGUGGAGAAGGAGUGGCUGUCCUUCGGCCACCGCUUUAGCCACCGUGGGGCUCACACCCUGGCUGGGCAGAGCAGUGGCUUCACACCCGUCUUCUUGCAGUUCCUGGACUGCGUGCACCAGGUCCACCUGCAGUUCCCCAUGGAGUUCGAGUUCAGCCUCUUCUACCUCAAGUUCCUUGGCUACCACCAUGUGUCCCGCCGCUUCCGGACUUUCCUGCUCGACUCGGACUACGAGCGAAUAGAACUGGGGCUGCUCUAUGAAGAGAAGGGGGAGCGCAGGACCCAGCAGGCGUACCGGUCCGUGUGGGAGUAUGUGGAGUGGCUGAGCAAGAGGAACCCUGUGUUCUACAACUACAUGUAUGCCCCUGAGGACACAGAGGUUCUGCGGCCCUACAGCAAUGUGUCCAACCUGAAGGUGUGGGACUUCUACACGGAGGAGACGCUGGCUGAGGGCCCCCCCUAUGACUGGGAGCUGGCACAGGGACCCCCAGAGCCCCCCGAGGAGGAGCGGCCAGAUGGAAGCGCGCCCCAGAGCAAGCGCCGUGUCGUGUGGCCCUGCUACGACAGCCGGCCCCGGGCCCAGCCUGAUGCCAUCUCUCGCCUGCUGGAGGAGCUGCAGAGACUGGAGACAGAGCUGGGCCGGCCUGCUGAGCGCUGGAAGGACACGUGGGACAGGGUGAAGGCCUCGCAGCGUCUCGAGGGCCGGCCUGAAGGCCGUGGCACCCCCAGUUCUCUGCUCGUGUCCAGCGUGCCCCACCACCGCCGCUCGCUGGGCGUGUACCUGCAGGAGGGACCAGUGGGUUCUACCUUGAGCCUCAGUCUGGACAGUGACCAGAGCAGUGGCUCCACGGCCUCCGGCUCCCGCCAAGCAGCCCGCCGCAGCACCAGCACCUUGUACAGCCAGUUCCAGACAGCUGAGAGUGAGAACAGGUCCUACGAGGGCACCCUCUACAAGAAGGGGGCCUUCAUGAAGCCCUGGAAGGCUCGCUGGUUCGUGCUGGAUAAAACCAAGCACCAGCUGCGCUACUAUGACCAUCGCGUGGACACUGACUGCAAAGGCAUCAUCGACCUGGGCGAGGUGGAGGCUGUGUUGCCAGGCACACCCACCAUGGGCGCCCCCAAGACCGUGGACGAGAAGGCCUUCUUUGAUGUGAAGACGAUGCGCCGCGUUUACAACUUCUGUGCCCAGGACGUGCUGACAGCCCAGCAGUGGGUGGACCAGAUCCAGGGCUGCCUGUCUGAUGCCUGAGCACCUUGCUGUGUUGUCGGUCUAGACCACUAGGGGUGGGCAGGGCCCCCCGGCCAUGUUUACAGACCCCCUCGACAGUAUUGAGGCCCCCCCGCCCCCAAAUGUGUGUACAGCCCCCUGCCCUCCCCACCUGCUGGCUCUAACCUACUUUGGAGUCAUGGCUGAGGGCUGGCCACGGUACAGCCCUCGUGGUGGGUCUGUAAAUAGUCCACUUCUGCCUGCCCGUCCACACGCUGGCCCUGGCCGGCCGGCCCCAGGCCCCGCUCCUAGAACCAGAGUCUAUAAAGAGAAGGAAUCGUGCUGCA